UAUUUUAUUCUUCCAUAAUGAAACAUUAUCUGUGUUAAAAACAAAUUAUUAUAAUUAUUGAAGCCAUUACGAAAAAAUGAAUAAUAGCUCGUAAGAAUGCAUUGAAUUGAACGAGGCGAAAUGAAGAGAAUAUUUGUUUAGAUUUGACUUGUUUUGUAAUUUGUUAAAUAUCAAAAAAAAUGUUACAGCCUUUAAAAUAUUUUCGUAAAAUUUAAUUUAGAGCAUGGAUUUCUAUCACGGUGACUUUUUAACGCAAUAUAAAGCUAUAUCUGCAAAAUUAAAAAAACGCUUCCUACGAAAACCUAAUGUUGCUGAAGCAAGCUCCCAAUUUGCUUCAUUAGCUAAAGAACUAGAAAAUCAAGAAUGUCCCCAUUAUGCUGCAUUUUGUUGUCUUGCAGUUGCCAGAUGUGAACGUAGUGUUGGAAACUCAAUAAAUGAGUCUGAAAAUUUGCUGCAUGCAGCUCGAUUAUUCUUGGAGUAUGAAACUCUGAGUCAUGAACUGGAAUGUCCUAGUCAUAGUGAACACCUUCAAGCAGCCAUUCAUGCUUAUCGUGAAUGCAUCAAAGUUUAUUUAGAGAGUGACCAAACAGCUUUAGCUGCUGUUCUUUGUCUUGAAGUUGGCCAGGCUCUUAGACACUUGGGAAGAGUUAGUGAAUCGAUUCCAUUUUUCAUGUCAGCUGCUAAGCUUCAUCGAAAUUGUUCUUUAGAUUAUAUUAAUGAUAUGAAACAGAUUGUGCAAUGCCGCUCAAAACUAGGAGAUUUCCAUGGUGCACUGAAUGCUUGGACUGAAAUUCAGGUUAUUGCUGAACGAAAAUGUUUCAAUGAUAAUGGAGAUCGUAUUGGAGCAUAUGCAAAAAUUUUAAACGAAGCUGAAGUUACCAGGCUUUUAUUACUUUUGUUGUUACAGCCCCCUUCAUACAAAAUGAAUCCCGAACAUACUAAAUUGUUAGAACGAUAUUCUGAUAUAGAUACUGAACCAGUUGAUUAUAUUGAUGAAGAUCUUUUCUAUACUCUACAAUCCUUAAUGAUGGCUGUGGAUGAGAAAAAUGAAAGUGCUCUUUUAAAUUUAGAAGUUGAAAUUUGGCCUAAACUGAAUGUUAAUCAAGCUGACAUAUUGAAUCGUGUAAUUAACAAAUAUCGUAACAUGCUGAUUCUUCCAUUGGAUAUUAUUCCUUUUGAAGAACACAAAGCAGGUGAUUCCACACUACAAAGCAGCGAGGAUGCUUCUGCUUCCUGAAUAGAUGUCUUACUAUUUGUUUGUGUUUGUUGCUAACUUGUUGAUUGUAACUUGUUUGUAUAAAUAUUUCUUCCAAUGUUGCUCAAACCCAAUGAAAAUUGUAUAAACGAUUUAUCAGUCUUAUAUCAAUUGCAUUAUUUGCUAAUUAUCCCUGUCAAUCUUAUUUUAGUUUUAAGUAUAUUUUAGUUAGUGUAACUAAAUCGACAUUUUACUCAGAUAUUUAUUUACAUGAUGUUUUUAUCGUUCAGAGCUUUAUUCAGCAUAGUUUCAAGUUUUUUUUUUUUAAAUACAAAUACAUAAAUUCAUUGCUAUAAUUUUGCAAACCUCAAAAAUCAUCCAAUUGAAAAUCUAAAACUCUCUUGUUUGGAAUUAUUGUGAUUUUGGAUUAGUUUUGAGAUAUUGAUUUUAUCAAAAAUUUUAAAACAACCAAAGAAUCCUUUGAGUUAGUUUCUUUUUUUCUUAUUUCGUUGCCGCUACAUAAUUUUUUUUUAAUAACUUACUAAUAGUAAUAUUAUUUGAAUCUUUUACUCAGAAGUAAUAAUCCUAUGAGUUUCAAAAAGAACAAAAAUUAUGAAAGAAAUUGAUAAUUAUAUUCUUUAAAUUUGAAGCUAGCUCGAAAAAUGUUGAUUUGAGAAAUGAAUGUUUUUGUUUAUUAGUACUUUUAUCAUAUUAUAUUUACAAUGUUUUUCUUUUUUUGUAAAAUAUUUCUUUAUUUUAUAUCCUUUAAUGGUUUGUUUUGGUUCUUAACAUCAUAUUUGAACUUCACUUAUGCAUUAUUGGUAAUGGUCAAUGAUCUAUUCUUCAUGGUAGGAAAACAAUACUGGCACAUGCACUCAUUACAUUACCACAAUUUAAUUCAAAAGGCAGAUGAUGUUAGUAAUCGCCUGGCUUUCUUACCAUGCUGCUCAACCAUGUGACUCUUGUCUACAUGGUUGACAGAUUACUUUAAAUUCCAUUAAGCCAUGAUUUCAGAAAGUGCAGUCCAAUUACAGGGUGCAUAGCGUUUUUUAAAGGUGCUUAUUUUCGUUUUUUAAAAGCCCUUAAAGGUGCUUUUUUUCAUUGGGUGUUUUUAAAAAGUGCUUAAAUUACCCUUUUUCAAAAUUAAAUUUUUCCUUCACUAUGUUGAUUUUUCCUUCAAAUUAUGCAAAAAGACACAGUUCACAUUGUUCUAUUCAGCAUUUUCACAAUUAAUUCAACCCCAAUCUAUUUCGGUGUAUUGUCAAUCCAUAGAGUAUGAAAACGCCAUUCGUUUUACAUUAUUCAAAAUUUCAUGAUUUUUGACAAGUGCCAAAGUUUUUUUUUUUUUUUUUGACGUUACGGUUAAAACAAGAUAAAACCGUCAAUUGUCAAAAACUUUCCAACUCUGUCUAAUUAUGCUAUUUUUCUUAAAGUGCUGUAAAGGUGCUUACUUUUUGUUGAAUAAUUUGGUUAUGCACCCUGAAUUAGACACCCAGCCUUUAGUAUAGGGAAUCAAACCCUGACUAAGGCAAUGGUAAAUGAAGAUUAAACCCACCACAUUGACCAGGAAGUGUGUCCUUUUGUGAAAUAUGCUCAAAACAAACUAUAUAAUAUUGAAAAAUAAAACUAUUUUAUUAAAAAACUAUAAGUUAUAGUUUAAAUGUAACUCAUUUUCAGUGAACUUAUUUUCAUUAUCAUGUACAUAUAAAUGUAUAAUUUUAAAAUAUAGUCACUUUUUAAAUUAUAUAUGUAUAUACACUUCAGAGUUUAUUUAUGUUCCAAAAAACAAUUUAUGCGUAUUAUUUUAAUAAAUUGCACAACCUAGUAAAAAUAAUAGUCAGUUUCCCAAAUAAUGUUAGUUUAAUUACAUUUAAAUAGUUCAUAAUUAACUUUGGUUUAAAAGACUUGUAGUCUUGUCAUGCUACAUAGGGCUUUCAUACAAGUUGUGUAGUGAUUCUUUACACUUUUUGUAGAUAAUUAAAUUUCACUUAUGCAUUGUAAACUAGUGACAUAACUUUUCCCCCAUAACACUAACACAGAAAAUAGAACAAGCACUUCUUGCAUCAAAGAAAGACAAUUUAACGUAAUAAAUAUAAUAAUGUAAUAUAUAUCAACGUAAAAUAUAUAUAACGUAUAAACGUAAUCUAUACUCAUAAUACAUUAAAACUAGUUAGUAAAAUUUGCACCUUAUAAUGUGCUCAUGUAUAUAUGACAUGGAUUAUAUGAUUAUAUUCACUUUUAUAUUGAAUUUUUUUUCCUGAAAGUACUUUCAAUGUUAUUUAUUUAUUUUAUUUUUUUGUGUAAUUAAUAUUUCGAGUGUUGAUAUUUUUCCUGGAAUUUAUCUAAUUGGCGCCUCUUUAAUAAGGCUUAUAAAUAAAGUCGGGGUUUUUUUUUUCCAAUUAGACAGGUGAAGAAUUUAGAGCUAAAAUGGAUAAAUUCAAAAGUAUAAAAUAUUGUGAAUUGAUUAAUACUCAUUAAUGGUGUAUAUUUUCAGAUUCAUAAUGUACCACCAAAUCCUUAAAUAAGGUUGUCUUCAGAAUUUCACUGACCUCAUAUCAUUUAACUGUAACCUUUAUUAUCUAAAACCUGUAUAAUUUAUGGCUUUGAUCUACUUCAACUCUGCAUCUCACAUAUGUAUAAUACUAAUGAAAAAAAAUUCUAAAACAAUAUUUUUAUUUUUUUUAUUACUUCUGUCCAUCAAGAAAACCUAUAAAUUUUAUUUUUUAGACCAAAAAAAGUAGAAAUGAUUUAUAUUGGCAUGCUUUGUAUGGGGACUGAAGAUGAUACAACACAUAUUUCUCUCAGUAUUGGGGAAAUUAGGAAUAAAUAAAAGUAUUUAUUAGAUUGCCCAGCAUGAAAUUUGCAGAAAAAAGACAAAUAUAGUUGAUAGCUUACAGACAUAAUGAACUAUUUCAUUCAUCAAAGUAUGCCCUUCCCCCAUGUCUUUCCUUCUGUCUGCCGUAUAAGCGGCAGGUUGUUUGAGAAAGUGGAGUCAAUGAAUUCCUGGAAGGCCAGUUAUACAGCAUUUUCAGAAUAAAAUUAUUACUUUCCUAUUAAAAAGUUACCCAAAUUUAGAAAGAAGUAGUUGUCAGUGGGUGAUAGGUUUAGUGAAUAUGAAGGAUGAGGAGAAAGUUGAGCACCAAACACUCACCAGUAGUUUCUUUUUUAAAUUCAACCUUGUUCACUAGAACCAAAUACACUAUUAAUGUGAGAAGGAUCUACACUAUCUAGCCAUUAAUGACCGGACACUGUGAAGUUCUGCGGUGGAGGAAUUAUGGUGUGGUCCUGUUUCUCAUGGUUUGGCCUUGGACCCUUGGUGUUAGUGCGUGGAACCCUGAACGCAGAAGGGUGUAGAGACAUCCUGGACAAUUCGGCACUUCCCACCCUGUGGCAACAGUUCGGUAAUGGCCCGUUUGUGUUUCAACACGAUAGCGCUGCCAUUCAUAAAGCACAUGCCAUCACGGACUGGUUUGAUGAAAUGGGGGUGCAAGAGCUUGACUGGCCAUCCCAAAGUCCCGACAUCAAUCCGAUUGAGCAUCUCUGGGAUAAGUUGGAGCGCCGGUUGAGGGCCAGACCACAUCGCCCCAAAACCACCACUCAACUCUUCGCCAUGUUACAGGAGGAAUGGCGGGCAAUACCUGCCGCCGUGUACCAACACCUAGUGGAUAGCCUUCCUAGAAGGGUUAAAGCUGUGAUUCGAGCGCGUGGCGGCCCUAAGCCCCACUGACUUGAUACUAGCUCCUCAUGUAUCCGAAAUGAGGGGUGUCCGGUCAUUAAUGGCCAGAUAGUGUAUGAUACCAUAGUUCUUUUUAACAAUGCAUACAUAAGAAUGAAUUUCCAACCAUUCUCCUUUCAAUAAAAUUUUUUUUAAUGUUUUUAAUAUUUUUUAGAGCUUACGAUUAUUUUUUUAAGCAGGUGUAAUAUGUAAUUUUUCAUUAUAAUGAACUGUUGAAGUUGAUAUAUCCAACCUACUAAUUUCAUCCUUGACAACUUAAUAUUAUAACCCAUCGAUGACACUCCCUGUUGUUUCUUAUUGUUAAUGAAGGGUGUUAUUCAUUUACGUUUGUGUUUCAAAAUGUAUCAUAAUAAAAGGGCAUUUGGAAAUAAGAAAAUUAUUUUAGUACUGUGAAGUAUAGUAUCAUGUUUUUUAUUGGCAUAGGAAUAAUUAACCAUGAAUUGUUGCAAAUUUAGUUUCCCUUUUAUAAAAAUAUAAAUUCAGUGUUAAUUGAUAAACCAAUUGCAUAAAUUUACAUGAAUUAAAAAUUUAAUCUCUUUUAUAUGGUUAAACCAUAUUUAAUCGUCAAAUUUGUGUGCAGGUGAUCUCAUGCAAUGAGAUUUACCUAAAUAUAAUUCUUAG